CUUUCACGACAGCCAUGCUGACGAAGCCCGACGCACCCGUGCCGACCUCCCCCUUGAAAGGGGGGCGUUCCCCUGCAGACCUCUGAUGGAAGAAGGUUGCUGAACUUAGAAGCAAAAAUCCCGCCUUCCUGCUGAUGCUGAUGAUACAGGGAACAAGACGUGUCCUGAUUGUCAGUGGUCUUCACACAUGUCCUUCCAAGAACACUAAUGGAGUUUCUUACUCUCAGUUGCGCAGAUUAAUUUUAAUCUUGAUUAAAACCUUAGUCAAAGCUGGAGGUAUGAGAGUUUCUAAGAAACUGGAGAAUACAGCUGCUGAAAGGAAUCCCAAAGUCCAUGGGAGAGAAAGGACCAGUGCGGUUAGCAUUGCAAAAAUGCAAAGCAUGAGUGUCUUGUUAGCAGAUGCAUUAGAGAAACUCAGGCAGAAAUUCCCAGCAGCAGCCACACAAGGAGCGCAUCAAAAGCCACGGCCUACUCUGGAAAAGAUUAUACCGCCCAAAAGAAUGUGCAUUAUUCAGCAGCCUCGGAAAUGUUAAAUAUGUAGAGUAAAAUAUUCAUAUAUCUGACAGACUUGCUCUUAACAAAACAGCACUUAGCUAAGCAAGCAGUAAAUGGACCAAAUGUCUUCUGCAGCUUCUAAUUCGUAUUUUUCAGGCAAUAAAAUCUGUGUACAUUCUGCAAUUUUUUUCUUUGUGUUUUUUUUUCCAAGAGGAGAUUAAUAAGACUUUCUCAUGUAAUUGUUCCCAAAGCCUCCUGGGUGUUGCAGCUUGGAAUAGAUGGGCCAUUUCUUUGAGCAGUAUUCUUAAGAGAGGCAAGGCGUGUCACACUUCUUAUCAGUCACAAAGCCAGAUGCAGUUCACCAGCUACGUGGCAGCUUGACUGGAAAUUCAUAACCUGCCUCCUUUUUAAGUACCGGACAGGCAGCAAAACCAGAAACUGCGUGGAGAUACUGGUAGGAUACAUGUACCAUGCCUGGAAGCAUAAAUGGCAUUACAUCUGAAAAUGUGGGGGAAAGCAGGACAGUUACUAAACUUUCCUAAUUCCUCUCUUUCUUAGCAUCAUUUGAAAAAUAUCAGCUUCUUCGUGAUCAUCAGUUUAUCUAUCUUGGUAUAGGGUAUCUUUUGCAUGAUCUGAACCAGUUCAUAAGGCCCCUGGAGACAUGUGGAGCUAUGU